UGGCUGUUAUUUCCGGGUCAGGUGACCGGCCGCCAUGUUUUUGCUCUGCCGGCUGGGAUGUCGGGGUCGCGGGUGGGGGUCAGUGUGCGCGCGGAGCCGGAGCGCUGCCGGGGGGCCCCUGGGAGCCAGGGGUCUGAGGGCGGGGAACCCGUUUACCCGGAACCAGGAGCAGCAAUGGAAGAACCGGAACCGCACUGUCCUGACCUACGUGGCCGCCGCCGGGCUGGGCAUGCUGGGAGCGGCCUAUGCUGCCGUGCCCCUCUACCGGCUCUACUGCCAGGCGACCGGACUGGGUGGGACAGCAGUAUCCGGACAUGAUUCUGAGCAGGUUGAGAAGAUGGAGCCUGUAAAAGACCGUGUUAUUAAAAUCAGUUUCAACGCAGAUGUACACGCCAGCCUUCACUGGAAUUUUAGGCCGCAACAAACUGAAGUCUAUGUUGUUCCUGGUGAAACUGCUUUAGCAUUUUAUAGAGCAAAGAAUUCUACAGAUCAACCAGUGAUAGGCAUUUCAACUUAUAAUGUGAUUCCCUACGAAGCUGGACAAUAUUUUAAUAAAAUCCAGUGCUUUUGCUUUGAGGAGCAGCGGCUGAAUCCCCACGAAGAAGUCGACAUGCCUGUGUUUUUCUAUAUUGACCCAGAAUUCGCAGAAGACCCCCGCAUGGUGAAAGUGGACACAAUAAUGUUAUCUUACACCUUUUUUGAAGCCAAAGAAGGUCAAAAAUUGCCGUUACCUGGGUACAGCUGAUCGCUGGACGAAGAAUAAAUCUUGUUGGUCUUUGUACCAUAAUAUAUUAACAGACAGUGACUUAACACGCCCCCUAUUCUAAUUUAUAUGGAAAAUAAAACUGCGGGUACAGAAGAUGCCCUUUUUUUUACAGAAUGGUCUGACUAAAUGUCUGUGUUAUUACAGAGUAAAUGUCUCAUGACUUCACUACAUAUAUAUAUAUA